CGUUCAUUCGCGGAGCGGGUCCACGGGACGUCCCUUCCCCGUAACAACCUACGUCGUUGACGGCUCUGACAUUCAUAUCCGCUGGAGCAGGCGACCGGGGUCUCCGUAGGCGGAGUGUUGUUGUGUUUGUCCCCCGUGCCACCGACCGGCGCACUACUUUAACCAGGCGCGACGCGAGCACCAUGUCCUUUCGCCUGAGCCUGUCCGACUUAGAGGAGACGUCCAACUCUUUUACAACCAACGCCGCCGCGGACACUUGUGUGUGCGCGACCACGGCUGAGCUCAGCGAGGCGGUGUCCGUGUCCUUGGGUUUGGAUUCGGUGUCUUCUCCGCACAACAACAUGCGCUCCUGCUCCAGCGGCGCCUUUGCAGACUUCGAGUUGGGAGAGGCUCGAGCAGUUAACGGGGACGACUUCGGAGAGUUGUGCCACGGUAUCCGGCAGGUGAGCUGCAUGGAUCUGCUCAGAGCGGCCGAGCUGGACGGAGCGCUCACCGAGACGCGCGACUCGGUGAUCUCCAGAUAUGUCUGCAGGGGAUCGAACUUGCUCCUGGGCCCGGUGGCGGAGCUGCACCCCUCGCCCUCUCAGGUGGGCGAGCGCUCACCUUUGAGUCCGUACUCUGCGUACUCCGCCGGUGCCAACCUGUGCAGAGACCCGCCGGGUGUGUGGCGCGCUUGCGGCAGCCGAUCCGAGCCGGAGCAAGGCGUACCCGGUGGACAUAAUUCCUUUUGUAAAUAUUGUAAUUGUGUGCAAGCGUCUCUUGGAUCAUCCAGACAGGAAUGCCACUGUGUUUGGUACAGCAAGGGCGAGCAGGGUGGCAAAGGUGGCAUGCGCGCAGCGAUGGCACCGGGCUACGGCCAGAUGGGAAGUUACCACAGUGCGAUUCCUCAGGAGCAGCUGACUUUGUCCGCUGUCAAGACGGAACCUUCAGUCUGGAUGGAUUGCAUGGAUCGCAGUUACAGGCAUGAGGACUUGUUUCCAGGUGUGUACCUGUCAGACAGGAGAGUGUGCCAGGUGUGCGGAGAUGAUGCCUCCGGUUGUCACUAUGGCGCCGUCACCUGUGGGAGCUGCAAAGUAUUCUUUAAGAGGGCCGCUGCAGGUAAGCAGAACCAUCUGUGCGCAAGCCGGAACGACUGCACCAUCGACAAGUUGAGGAGGAAGAACUGCGCCUCGUGCCGUUUGAAGAGAUGCUUCAUGUCGGGAAUGAGCCUUAAAGGUCGCAGGAUGAAGGGAGCUGGACAGAUGAGGAGCGGAGAGGAGGAGCAAGGGCCCGGAGAGAGAGGCGAAAGGGCCGGGAAGAGGGACGUAUUCUUGGAUCCAGAAAGCGCAGCUGCCAUGGCUCAAACCUCCCAGGCCCUGGCUCAAGGCAUCCCCCCGACCCUGCGCUCAUGCCUCUCCCUGCUCAGCCUCCUGAAGGCCAUCGAGCCGGCCGUGGUCAACGCGGGACACGACCACGCGCUGCCGGACAGCCCCGUGUCCUUACUCACCAGCCUCAAUGAGCUGGGGGAGAGACAGCUGGUCACCGUGGUGCGUUGGGCCAAGGCGAUACCAGGUUUCCGUGACAUGCACGUAGACGACCAGAUGUCAGUGAUUCAGUUGUCAUGGAUGGGGGUGAUGGUGUUCGCUUUAGGCUGGAGGUCCUACACUCUCACCAACAGCUCCUUGCUGUACUUCGCUCCAGACUUGGUCUUCAAUGACCAACGGAUGCAAGUGUCCAGUAUGUAUGAACACUGUGUGAGGAUGAAGCUGCUCUCCCAAAGGUUCUGCAUGCUGAAGGUCACUCAGGAGGAGUUCCUCUGCAUGAAGGCUCUGGUCCUCUUCAGCAUCAUGCCAGUGGAGGGCCUGAAGAACCAGCAUUGUUUUGAUGAACUGCGGACCUCCUACAUCAAGGAGCUGGACCGCUUGGCCAGCCACUGCGGAGAGACCACCCGCACGCAGCGACUGUUCCAGCUCACACAGCUGCUGGACUCCCUCCAGUCGAUCGUGAGGAAGUUGCACCAGUUCACCUACGAUCUGUUCAUCCAAGCUCAGUCCCUCCAGACGCGCGUCAACUUCCCGGAGAUGAUCUCCGAGAUCGUCAGCGUCCAUGUUCCCAAGAUCCUCUCGGGCAUGGUCAAGCCCAUCCUUUUCCACAAUACAGCCUAAAGCAGAGCUCCUGUGAUUGUCCUAUAUGUCACUUGAGCUUUGGCAUCUCUGGGAAACCUAUAACUGCUUGAGAGCAUUUUUAUGAUUUCACGAGGUCACCUUACAGGUGAACACACGAAGGGCAUAAAGCACAUUCUUCCAAUCUAUUUGCAUCCACUCUGUUCUUCUUACUGCCUGCUAUCUGUAUCACACACACAACACAUGUUUUCUGGAGCCGAUUUUAAAACACUUCUUUUUUUUGCAUGCAUUCCUCCACACAGGCUCAUGAAAAGCCGACCGCCUGGCAUGUAGACGUCUUCAUAUUUAAUUGACAACAGGCAAUAUUUUAUUUCAGGAGGCAAGCCGGUAGUGAGAAAAAAACCAUUUACCCACCUAGCUUGUGUGUCUGCAGUGGUAUGACAUUUGCACUAGCUUCUUAACAAUGAAUGUUAUUGUGUGUACCUGAGAUGAGCGAAGUUGAUUGACAGUUAAUAAAGGGUGGUGGCAUGCAUGCUAAGACGCGAAGCUGUCUCGCCUUUUCUUUUUUUUACUUUGCUUGUUUUUGAAUGUCAAACAUUAUUCAAGUGGAAUUUUUCAAAGAUGGACAUUUCAUACUGUUGUAACUUUUCUACAGUUUCUUAAAAAGUGUUCCUUGCUAGAGCUUUGUUGUGUGUCAUCAUGCAUUCAUUGUAGCUUCUGACAUUUUUGCUAUAAGGAAAAAAAAGGUUCAGCCAAGAAUCUGCUCAUUUUGUUGCAACAUGUAAUGACUCAUUGUGUAAUAAAAAAACUG